AUGUUUGAGCGCACGCUGCAGGACCUCAUCCGCGGUCUCCGCGCGCACAAGGCCUCGUCCCGCGCGCAGGAGGACGCGUUCCUCAACGAGGCCAUGGGCGAGAUCCGCGACGAGCUCAAGGGCAAGGACAUGGCGUUGAAGGCUGAGGCCGUUCUGAAAAUGUGCUAUCUCAUGAUGCUCUACCCCAUUGCGCCGCCUGCUGGGUUUGCGUUCCAUGUUGUCGAGACUAUGAGCUCGGCGCGGUUUCAUAUCAAGCAACUCGGCUACCUAGCUGCUCCCAUGGCAUUCUCAGGCGACACUGAAGAAGUCGUGCUCACUGUCAACGGUAUCAAGAAGGACCUGCUCUCGCCACACCUACCCAUCCCCCCACUGGCCCUCAGCGCUCUCCCGCACCUCCUGUCGCUCACCCCGUCGCUGGCACACACCUUCCACGGCGACCUGCUGCUGCUCCUGACCCAUUCGAGCGCGCGGGUCCGGAAACGCGCAGUCCUGUGUCUCUUGCCUGCCUGGGAGGCCUAUCCCGACGGGCUGAGGGAGGGAUUCCCGCGCCUGAGGGAGCGGCUGCUGGACGACGACCAGAGCGUCGUCGGCGCCACCGUCGGCGUGGUCAUGGAACUGGCACGGAGACAAGGCGGCAAGAACUACUUGCCGCUCGCGCCCGAGCUGUUUGCGAUUCUUACCGGCAGCAGUAACAACUGGAUGCUCAUCAAGGUCGUCAAGCUUUUUGCCAUCCUCACCCCCCUCGAGCCCCGACUUGUCCGCAAGCUCCUCCCGCCCCUCACGAGCCUCAUCUCGUCCACGUCUGCCAUAUCGUUGCUGUACGAGUGCGUGCGCACUUGUAUCGUCGGCGGAAUGCUCGACCCCGACCGCCCCGAGGGCGAGGCACUCGCGAGGGUGUGCGUGGAGAAGCUCGGUGGAUACUUGCGCGACGAGGGCGGCGACCAGAACCUGCGCUACAUUGCUCUUCUCGCAAUGGUCAAAAUCACCCCGACACACCCACACAUGGUGGCCGAGUACCAGGACGAGAUCCUGCAGAGUCUCGACGACGCGGAUCUGUCCAUUCGCAUGCGCGCACUGGAACUCAUCACUGCGAUGGUCGAUCGCGACAACCUCCAGCACAUUGUUGACCAGCUUCUUGCACACCUCGCCCCGCCCGAGGACGAGUCGCCACCCCUUCCCUCGGCCAUGUCUUCACUCGCGGCCGUGGCGGGCCAGCAGAGUGUUGGCAAAGCCAGCGACGUUACAGUCACCGCACAGAGCAUCUCGUCCUCUCCCUCGUACCGUUUGCUCUUGUCCCAGCGCCUCCUCGACAUUGUGGGCCACGACACCUACGUCAACGUCACCGACUUUGAAUGGGUCGUGUCUGUCCUCAUCGACGUCGCGUACGUGUCCAACGUGGAUGUUGGUAGCCAGAUCCGCGACAUGCUCCUCGACAUUGUGGGCCGCGUCAAAAGCGUGAGGCCCUACGCUGUGCGGGUGCUUGAAAAGGUGCUCGGCGACGACAAUCUGCGUGAGCGCGCGAGGGACAAGACAGGCGAGGACGGACUGCUCGAAGCUGCUGUAUGGAUCUGCGGAGAAUACGCAAGUGACAUCGGUUCGCCGCUCAGCGCCAUCUCAAACGUCCUCUCGCAUUCGCUCCCGCUGGCGGGCGGCAAUGUCAUUUCCCUCUCGGUCCAGUCCGUGGCCAAGAUGUUCGGUUUCUACGCCGCGUCCAUCUCAAGCCGCUGGUCUGCUGACCUGCACACCGAGUGCAAAAACCUCGUGGCUAGCAUACGUUCCGGCCUCGAACCCUUCCUCGCCUUCCCGCUUAUCGAGGUGCAGGAGCGCGCGUUCGAGAUCACGCAGCUGCUCGCAUUCGUCAACGCCGACCUCACAAACCAUGUCCCUCCCAAGGUUUCCAAGCCUAUCGAGUCCAUCCCGGGCGUCGAGGGCGGGUUUGAGGAGUCUAAUGACGACGACUCGGCAGAGCCUCCUUACCCCAAAUCCCUGUUCCUCUUCCAGCCCCUGUUCACCUCGCACGAACUCAACUCGGUCGCGUACAUGGCCCAGUCGGCUGUGCGUAUUCCCGAGGGUCUGAACCUGGACCACGACAUUGUCCCCAACGCGGGCUUUAGCGCAGACAUUGACCUCGACGACUCUGAGAGCGAGGAGGAGCGUGGCGAGGUUCACCUCGGGGAAGGUGGCGGUGCGGGUAUGGACGAGUUGCGCCGUGUCCUCCGUGAGCAGGAUCGCGAGAGGAAGGGCAAGAAGAGUAAAGGCAAGGGCAAAAAGGUUGAGGGCGAGUUGACUGCCGAGGAGAAGGCGGAGAAGGCCAAGCGCAAGGCGGCGCGCAGGGAUAAGCUCAAGAACGACCCGUACUACCUCUUUGACAAGAACGAGGUUGACGACGACGUGGACAAUAUCCCCAUCGUGCGGCUUGACGACGCAGAGAUGGCUGCGGCAGAGGCCCCCGCACCGACAAAGAUCAAGUCCAAGAAGAAGAAGGCCGCCCCACCACCAGAGUUUGACCGUGCCGGUGAGAUGCCGGAGGGUGCGACUCCCCUGCCUAAACAGGAGGCUCGUCCACUCUCGGGUCUGGCCGCGAUCGACCUCACCGCCCCUGCCGCCGUCUCGCGUGAAGGCAGUGGCCGGUUCGAAGAGUACACUUUUGGCGACGAUGGCCUGCCGCCCCGCGAGGUCGAGGUGCAGACCGCGUCGGCCACCCCGCCGGCGGACAAUGAGGCUGGCACGCCUGUGAUCCCCUCGCCGAGCAGUGCGGAUGUCCCGGCCAACGAGGAGGCGGUCAAGGUCGUCAAGGUCAAGCGGAAGAAGGGGAGUAAGAAGAAGAGCGCUGUUGCAUAA